AGCCUAGGCUAGCUUAAUUAGCUGCUGCGUGUGCGGCCGGAGUGAAGGAAGAUGUCGUCUGCGGUGGUAGCGGCCGUCGCCGGAGCCGUGUGCGUGUGGGUGGUGGUGGCGGUGCUGUGCCGUGAGUUCGUGUGGAGGAGGAGGAGGCUGUUGGGUGGUGGUGGUGGCAGGAAGGGGGCGGCGGCGCGGCUCCCGCCGGGGAGCUUCGGGUGGCCGGUUGUCGGCGAGACGCUGGAGUUCGUCUCCUGCGCCUACUCGCCGCGCCCCGAGGCGUUCGUCGACAAGCGCCGGGAGAUGCACGGGAGCGCGGUGUUCCGGUCGCACCUGUUCGGGUCGGCGACGGUGGUGACGGCGGACGCGGAGGUGAGCCGGUUCGUGCUGCAGAGCGACGCGCGGGCGUUCGUGCCGUGGUACCCGCGGUCGCUGACGGAGCUGAUGGGCAAGUCCUCCAUCCUCCUCAUCAACGGCGCCCUGCAGCGACGCGUCCACGGCCUCGUCGGCGCCUUCUUCAAGUCCUCCCAGCUCAAGUCCCAGGUCACCGCCGACAUGCACCGCCGCCUCUCCUCCUUCCUCUCCCGCCACCACCACCACGACCCCUCCUCCCUCCUCCGCGUCCAAGACCUCGCCAAGUCGGUGGUGUUCGAAAUACUGGUGAGGGGCCUGAUCGGGCUGGAGGCAGGGGCGGAGAUGCAGCAGCUGAAGCAGCAAUUCCAGGAAUUUAUUGUCGGCCUCAUGUCCCUCCCCAUUAAGCUGCCUGGCACUAGGCUCUACAGAUCACUCCAGGCCAAGAAGAGGAUGGCGAAGCUGAUACAGAGGAUCAUCCGGGACAAGAGGGCCAGGAGGGGGGCCGCCGGCUCGCCGCGGGAUGCCAUCGACGUGCUCAUCGGCGACGGCAGCGACGAGCUCACCGACGAGCUCAUCUCCGACAACAUGAUCGACCUCAUGAUCCCGGCCGAGGACUCCGUCCCGGUGCUCAUCACCCUCGCCGUCAAGUUCCUCAGCGAGUGCCCUCUCGCCCUGCACCAGCUGGAAGAGGAGAACAUGCAGCUCAAGAGGCGAAAAACUGACAUGGGUGAGACCUUGCAAUGGACAGACUACAUGUCGUUGCCAUUCACACAACAUGUGAUAACGGAAACCCUGCGGUUGGGCAACAUUAUAGGUGGGAUCAUGCGCAAGGCGGUGCGCGACGUCGAGGUGAAGGGGCACCUCAUCCCCAAGGGGUGGUGUGUGUUUGUGUACUUUCGGUCGGUCCAUCUCGAUGAUGCGCUCUACGAUGAGCCCUACAAGUUCAACCCAUGGAGGUGGAAGGAGGACAUGAGCAGUGGCAGCUUCACUCCUUUUGGUGGUGGGCAGAGGCUGUGCCCAGGCCUGGAUCUGGCCAGGCUGGAAGCUUCCAUCUUUCUUCACCACUUGGUCACCAGCUUCAGAUGGGUGGCGGAGGAGGACCACAUCGUCAACUUCCCCACCGUGCGCCUCAAGCGGGGCAUGCCCAUCAGGCUCACCUGCAAGGAACACGACGACGACGAUUAGCCGGCCGGCCACCAGUCAACCACACUGCUCGAUCACUACCCAGCUACAGAUUCAUCAUGUAUCGAUGCAACCCAGCUACAGAUUCAUGGAUCGAUGCAGGUCAAUCAAGCAGGCAUGCAAGAUGCCAUGCACACAUCAUCAAGAUGCACAUAUAUAUAAGUAUCAUCUAUAUAUAUUAAUGUUAUAUAUACUAGCAAGGAUAUGAUCAGGAGGAGGGGCAAGCCAGCCAGCUGUGAGCAAUGGUCCCUGCAAGAUAUAUCCAUGGCCAGUUGCUCUAGCCAUUGAUAGAGGUGAUACAUGCAUAUGAAGUCUAUAGUAUGGUGUAAUUAUACAGGAGGGGUAGGCAUGCAGGCAAUAUUAGCUAGGAGGCAGGCAGCUUUCUUAAUUACGUAGCCAAGAUUUGUAGUAGUAGAAGCUACUGAUCGAUUAAUAGUGCUGCUGUAACUGUAGAACUACCUACUUUGCUCAUUGUUUUACUAUAGCUAUGGCCUUUAAUUUGGUGCUGCUGAUGCUCAUCGUAUAUAUACUAGUAGUUGUACACUUAAUUUGUU